CUGAUCUACCUGAACUCAGGAGAAUCUGUUGAGGCAGUUCACUCUCUGGGUCCUGCCCUUGACUUUUCUCAUUGUGGAAAUUGUCAGACAGCGGUGAUCAGCACCCAGCCUGAGGGGAUGGCUUCAAAUGGAGCAUGCCCAGCGCUGGAAUCGGGUGUGACCAAGAACCCUGGCACCUCCAUGCCAGUGUUCACGGCUCUGCCCUUUGCCACACCUGCUCCCGGCCCAGCACACGGGCCACCGCUUGUGACUGCAAUGGUUCCUCCAGGUGGCCCUCUGGUGCUGUCUGCCUUCCCCAGGACCCCUCUGGUGGCAGGACAGGGUGGCCAAGGCCCAAAUUUGGCUGGGGCUUCCAACGUCCUUGUCCAGAUGAGGACAGAAGUGGGGCCUGUGAAGGCUCCUCAGGCACCGACCUUGGUCCUAACUCAGGCCCCCCUCGUCUGGCAGGCUUCAGGCACCCUCUUCAAGGGCGUCGCAUGUCCACCUCCCCGACCCAUGGCAGCUGCCCCUGUGGUGCCCGCUGUGGCUGCCCAGGUUUUUGGGGGCACCCAGGCCUGCGAGGGAGGCUGGUCCCAGGGCCUUCCUCCUCUAGCACCACUGGCUCCUCAGCUGGCCCCCAUGAUGGCUCCAGGGAACGCUGGGCCAUGGCCACAAGGGGCUCAUGGAGAGGGCAGCCUGGCUCCCUCCCAGGCCAAGGCCCCGCCGGACGACUCCUGCAACCCCAAGAGCGUGUAUGAGAACUUCCGACUCUGGCAGCGCUACAAGCCCCUGGCCCGGAGGCACCUUCCCCAGAGUCCGGACACGGAAGCGCUUUCCUGCUUCUUCAUCCCAGUUCUCAGAUCCUUGGCCCGGCGGAAGCCCAGCAUGACCCUGGAGGAGGGACUGUGGCGGGCCAUGCGGGAAUGGCAGCACACGAGCAACUUUGACCGGAUGAUCUACUACGAGAUGGCGGGAAAGUUCCUGGAGUUUGAGGCUGAGGAGGAGAUGCAGAUUCAGAAGUUGCAGUGGAUGAAGGGGCCCCAGUGCCUGCCUCCUCCAGCCCCACCAAGGCUUGAACCUCAAGGACCAUCAGCCCCUGAGGUGGUCAAGCAGCCAGUGUACCUUCCCAGCAAGGCCGGCCCCAAGGCCCCGCCUGCCUGCCUGCCACCACCCAGGCCCCAGCAGCCAGCGGAGACCAAGGCCCCAGAGGAGAUACCCCCUGAAGUGGUGCAGGAGUAUGUGGACAUCGUGGAAGAGCUGCUGGGGCCUCCCGAUGGGGCCACAGAGCAGCUCACAGGACAAAGGGAAGAGGGCGAAGUGGAGCAGGAAGAGGACGGGAUGCUUUCAGACCCCGACCUCCUGAGCUACAUUGACAAUCUGUGUUCCCAGAAAGACUUCGUCACCAAGGUGGAAGCCGUCAUUCACCCCCGAUUUCUGGAAGAAUUGCUUUCUCCAGAUCCACACAUGGAUUUCUUGGCCCUAAGCCAGGAGCUGGAGCAGGAGGAAGGACUCACCCUCGCCCAGGCUGCCCCUUCAGAUGCUCCAGGGACUGACGGAUGCUGA